AGCCCAACAAGACCGGCCUCGCCAGUGGGGCCAGCUUCAGUGCCAUAGAGCUGCAGGAGGGCGAGCAGUUGUGGACCGGAGGCGUGGACAUUGCCGAUGCGUUCUACAACAUGGGCUUGCCGAGUGAUCUACGACGAUACUUUGCUCUUCCUCGGUUGCGUGGUGGCGACCUCGGAUUCAGGAGCGUCGAGGGCCAGUCCGUUCUGAGCCGAGCCUGGGCCCGCCCGUGCUUGGCGGUCUUGCCGAUGGGCUGGUCGCACGCGCUCGACUUCUGCCAGAGGGUGCACUGGGCGAUAGUGCUGGAGAAGGGGGGGGCUUUCACGGCCUACGUGGACAACUUCGUCGCCUUCGGGACGGGGCCCGAGAGGCCUGCCGAUGUGCUGGACGCGGCUCGGAAAGCCCUGGAAGGUGCGGGGCUCCCGGUGCACCCGACCGAGCCCCCCGCCACCGUCUCGGAGCAGUUGGGCUGGGCUUUCGACGGGGAGCGAGGGGCCAUGCGCCCCAAGAAUCGCCGUGUCUGGAGAUUGAGGCUGGGGCUUCUGGAACUCUUGAAGAAGGGGUGCGCCACGGGCCGCCAAGUCGGCAAGGUCGCUGGACACUAUGCCUUCAUCACGCUCGCUCAGAG